AGCACGGAGAGAGUAUCAACAGCAGGGCUCCAACUAAACGUGUAGUGGGCUCCCUUUCUGAUCAAUCCGGCGCCCGUUUCAUGACAAAUGCGCACUACGUCGACAGAGAAACAUUUCUGCAUAUUUAUCAAGGCGAUUCUAAACUCUCACUCCCGAUUGAAGCCACUUUCCGCAAGUUUGGACUAAGAACCCUGCGCACAUUAAAAAGCCAAUGCGUUGGAAAGUUUAAAUGGACUUUAAAUGGGCUGAUGUCGGACUCAUGAGAUUGUCCCGGGUUAAUGGAUUUUACUGAAGCUGCAGAGAAGUUUUUGGUCAGCCUGAUAACCAUGGAUGUCCAGGAUUAAUUUGAUUUUCUUUUGAUCCACGCACGGACUGGCAAGAAAAAUGUGACCACCUGCGUUUGUUUCAACGCCUUCUUCUCCUUCUUCUUUUUAUUUUUUAUUUCUAAAAGUCGUGUUUUUCAAUCUGCCCGUAGAGACAGAGGAAUGGACGGUUAAAUUUGGUCUGCUGCAAGACGAGUCUAACAGAAGAGCAUCAAUGGAUUGAGAGAUUGUACUUUGAGCUUCAAGUGAAAAGUGCCUCAAGCAAGGUCGGGAGAUGUGUGAAGGAGUGUGACGGACGGCCAUGGGACUGGAGAGACGGUGGCUUCAGGCUGUCACCACUGCUGUAGCCAUCUGUCUGCUAAGUGUGUCUCAAGGUGUGGCAACCUUGGUUCGUGCCAGAGAGGGGAGCUCUGCAGAGCUAAGCUGUAGUCUCACUCCUACAUCCAAAGAAGCCACCACCCCAAACCUCUUUCCGCUACAUGUCGUGGAAUGGGUACGGCUCGGUUACAACGUUCCCAUCCUCAUCAAAUUUGGAGUGUACGCUCCUCGUGUUCACCCAAACUACAAAGGCCGUGUGUCUCUGACCCGGGGUGCCUCUCUGCUGGUAGAGCGGCUGACCCUGGAGGACGAGGGCUGGUUCGAAUGUCGCAUCCUGCUCCUAGACAGCAAAACCGACGACUUUCGAAACGGCACAUGGACCUUCCUCUCCAUCACAGCUCCACCUGUGUUUAUCAAGACACCACCAACUUUUGUGGAAGUUCUGCUCGGAGACUCGCUGACGCUCAGCUGUGGCGCCCAUGGCAACCCUCGACCAACUGUUGUGUGGCAUAAAGAUGAGAGCCCAGUUGAGAAACAUGAAAAAAUAAAAGUGCUCAAUGGUACCUUGUCUCUGGCCUCCGUCACUAGAAAUAUUUCAGGAGUGUACAAAUGCCACGUGUCCAACACAGAGGGGAACCUGACCCACUCUACGCAGCUGCAGGUCAAAGGUCCUCCUAUUAUCAUCAUUUCCCCGGAGGACACCACUCUCAACAUGUCCCAGGAUGCAGUUCUGCAGUGUCAGGCUGAUGCCUACCCUUCAAACCUCACCUACGAAUGGUUGAAACAAGGACAGAAUGUUUACCAUAUUGAGUCCCUUAAGUCCAGAGUGAAGAUUUUGGUGGAUGGAACACUUCUUAUCCCUAAUCUCAUCCCAGAAGAUGCUGGCAACUACACCUGCAUCCCAACUAAUGGGAUACUGACCCCACCCUCUGCUUCUGCACAUCUAAAAGUGAAACAUCCUGCACGUGUAGCUCGAAUGCCCCGGGAAACAUAUUUACCUGCAGGCAUGGAGGGCAUCAUUGUCUGCCCUGUCCAGGCUGAUCCACCUGUGCUGUAUGUCAACUGGACCAAAGACGGGAACGAUUUGAAUCUUGACAAUUUUCCAGGUUGGAUGGUGAACUCGGAGGGUUCAGUUUUUAUAACAACAGCAAAUGACAAUGCUGUGGGCAUGUACACCUGUACAGCCUAUAACAGUUACGGCACCAUGGGCCAAUCUGAGCCCACCAAAGUCAUUUUGCAGGACCCGCCAUCAUUCCGAUUGCCUCCACGGCCUGAGUAUCUUCAGGAGGUGGGCCGAGAGUUGAUCAUCCCCUGCGAAGCUAGCGGAGACCCUGCUCCGAACAUAACAUGGAGCAAGAUUGGCCCUUCUCCUCGUUCCCCAUACACUGUGUUGGCUAACGGCUCCCUCUUGCUGCAGCCUCUCAGUAAAGAUCACCAUGGGGGCUGGGAGUGUUUGGCCACUAAUCGUGUGGCCACUGUUGGUGCAGGCACUGUGGUCAUGGUGUUAGGUACCAGUCCGCAUGUUGUGUCUUCAGUGUCUGUCACCACAGAGAUGAACCAGGCCAAUGUGUCCUGGGUGCCUGGCUUUGAUGGUGGAUUCACCCAGAAGUUCACUGUAUGGUACAAGCAGGCAUCCAGGGGGAAACACGAAUGGGCGUCUUUGCCUGUGCCAACAUCCAAAAGCUAUCUGCUGGUGACUGGGCUACUUGCUGGCACCGGCUAUCAGUUCAGUGUCCUACCUCAGAAUAAACUCGGCUCUGGACCUUUUAGUGAAAUUGUAACCGUGCGAACUUUAGCUGUGCCAACAGACCCGCCUACAGCUGUCACCACUCUCCCAAUCCUGGACCCUCCCAUAUUCCUGUCAGCCAACCGGACAGAGCAAGGUGUUCUCCUCCAGUGGUGGCCUCCUGAGGCUCCAUCCUCUCCACUGACAGGUUAUGUGCUGCAGGUUCGCAGGAAUCAGGGCCAGUGGGUCAUCCUCAGCAGCAUCAUCAGUGCCAAUCAGACUGAACUAGUUGUUCAAGGACUGCUGAGGGACUCUGCUUACGAUCUGAGGCUCAUGUCUCGCAGUGAUAAAAUACUCAGUGAACCGAGUGAGUCUGUCAACAUAUCCACCACAGGAAUGGAGAUGUACCCCCUGCGCCCAAGUUUCUUGGAGGUCAUCCCUGAGCCACUGUUGGCUGGUGUUGUAGGAGGAGUGUGCUUUCUGUUUGUGGCCAUCAUACUUUCCUUGGUGACAGCAUGCUAUAUGAGUCACAGGAGACAACGUAGACGCAGGAAGAGAAGACAAGAUCUGCCAACUGCCUUCCAGAAAAGCCCAUCACAUGAAGGUCGUUCACCUCCUCGCAGCCCAGACAGUGUCCUGAAACUGAAACUGUGUCCACCGCUUCCCUUUUUUCCAAACUCCUCCUCAUCACAGUCUGAUCGGUCGUCCUUUGAUAAAGGCAGCCGUGGGGAGUAUCAUGACCAGCGGAGACAGCUCUUGUCCAACUCGUCUCCACCACCUCAUUACACACUUUUUGAGAGUCACCUGGGGUCCCAGGUGCCCUCACCAACUGCUCUGGAGUCCAUUUCCAGAGGCCCAGAUGGACGCUUCAUUGUCCAGCCACUGCCAGAGGGCUCCAGUCCCUCCAAUAAGAAAAAUGGAAAAAAGGAAGUCCUGCAAAUUAAUGGUGAGGCAAGUGGCUCAGGGAGCAACAGGACAUCAUUCAGAGACUCUCCGAAGUCAAGCAUUUUGAGCUCAGAGAAGGAUGAGAGGAAGGAUUCUCCUCUCACUGUGGAUGUCCCAGAGUUGAGCAGACCUCCAUCGUCCCCUGGAAGAGUACGGGCCAUGGCCAGGAACUUCUCCCGCCACGGGUGUUUUUAUUCUGAUGACGAACAGGGAUCAGAGGUUCUCUUGGAAAGAGCCAGCUUUUAUUCAGACAACAGCGAGAAAAAACCCAGUGAUUCUCUGAGGAGGUAUCGCAUGCCAGGCCAUGCUGACGAUCUGUUCCCCAGUUUGGGGAGGAAGACAAAGCUUCUGGAUAGAGACAGAGACAGACCACUCCAUUCAGGCUACCAGCCUAUCGAGAGUCAGUUGACUAACAACAGCACCCAGAUCUCACAACUUGACUGUGAGCUAGAGAGGGAUAGCAUCAACAAGUGUGUCCAACUGGCAAAAGAGAGGGAAGAAAUGGAGAGGGAGUUGAAGAGCUAUACAGCCGAACAAAGAAGCCGCAGCCGUGGUAGAGGAGACCAAACAGAAAGCCCUCAGAGGGAUGAGCCCAAGCCAGCGGAUGAUAUUUGGAAGCCACAAGAUGUUAAUAUCAGACAAAAACACAGGCCUUCAGGUCAGACAAGUCGUGUAUCUGACUAUAGGAGGGCGUGCUACUUUGGCAGCACCAGCAGUCCCAUGGAUCGGCUCCCUACUUCUCGCAUCCAGUGGGACAUUAGCCCCGUUACAUCUGUCACCAGCCUCAUUCCUGUACAGACCCCUCGCGAUUCCAGGUCACAGCAUCCUCACACAUGUAGGGAAGCCACAGAGGAUUCUCUUGCUGUUGAUUCAUCGCGCUCUCCCGUCACCCAGAACACCUCUCUCCCGAUGCUCUCCCCUGAUGUCACGUCUGAAACUCCUGUUCUGUGUCUAGAAACACCAGACAGAGCCAGAUCACUGAGUCCUCCGAGAGACUCAGAGAUCUGCUUGAAGUCCACGAAGAAGACACCAAAUGGAGGUAUUGCUCCAAGGUCCAGACAUUCAUAUGCUUAUGCAGGCACACAGCCCUGGGACUCAGCUGCCAAAAGCCCUUCAGUCACCAACGAGAGGCCUGAAAGUUCAGCUUCUGCAAUGUAUAAUCAGCCUGAGAGAACUGCAGAAGUAGACUGCACAUCCACAAGGGAUCCCAGUCCUUCUAGUUAUUCUACCUUACCCUAUGAGCAUCAUGGAGUAGGGGCAAAGGCCAAAGACGGAGAGAUUCAAGGCCAUGGUGACCGACGUAGUUCAGGGCUUUACUCUGAUUUAGAGAGAGAAGGCGUCCGAGCACGCUCCAGGAGAAGCGACAGAUGUCUUUUCUCUGAUAGUCCUAGCCCUAUCACAACCUUAACUCUCGUAGAAGAAGUUGAGAGUGACCAGUCUCAGUUUUCUGUCCCUAGAAUGUCAGACUCCUUGAAGGCCAAGCCUGCAGCCCCAUCUCCCAAAAUGUCCCCACUCCAGACAAGUGCAAUUCUUGAAUAUCUGAGCCUUCCUGGUUUCAUUGAAAUGAGUGUGGAUGAGCCUGUGGAAGAAGCUGAAGUCUCCGACACUACUGGUCAACGUUCACAACUACAGCCAGAAAAACCAAUGGUGGCUAAGCCAGAUGUCGUUCCUAAAAACUGGGAGGUUCAUUUUCAAGAAAACCGGGAAACUGAUUCGAACCAAGAGGAGGUUUGCCUUGAACAAACUCAUUCAGCAGGUGCUUCAGAAGCUACCAUCAAUGGUAGUAAAAAACAAGGCUAUAGACGUCUCCUCUAUGCGGAGCCGAGAGUACGAUUUCCUGAUGACAUGAGAUCAUCUUCACCCGGUCCGGAAAAAACUAGCAAGCAGCUAUAUGAUGAGAAAACAAAAAUUCGAGCUGGUAAUAAAAGUACAGACAGACCUGAAUCCCGACUUGCAUCCAGGUCAGCUCACACCUUGAUGAGUGCAGCUAAAGGCAUGGCAGAUAUAGUGUCAAAACACACACAGAGUAUUGUAGACAAUAGUGAGUUUUCAUCCAAGCUAUCCCAAAGACAAGCUUCUCAGGGCAGCAGGACUAAUAACAUUGCAUCCCGAAUAUCUCAAGCCCCGGUGCCAUUUUUAAAGAAAUCCUUAAGCAUAGGCCCCUGUAGAACUCUCUCAGGCAUGGGUCAGCCUCGUCCUUUCCUAAAGAAAUCCAUUAGCUUAGGCUCACAGAGGUGGGAGCACUUCGAGAGCCCAAGAGCAUAUAUUUCUGAGAAAUGCUACUGGGACGAGUUCCCACAUCCAGAUGUCAGAGUGAAGUCCUACAGUUUGGGUCGCAUGCCGUCUUCCCUACCUAGACCACACCCUUCCUGGAGGGAGUAUGUCCCAUUCAGGCGCCCCAGCAUGGAGAGCUUAGAGAGGCCUCAUCACGCACAAAGAUCUUUAGCUAGUCCUUCCUACCUCACUCCUUCUAUGUACCCACCCAGACCAACCUCAGUCUCCCCAAUGCUGGAACCCUGCGAUCCACGACGACAAGCCACUGUUUUCCCAGAGUCUGCCAGGUGGUCUCCCUCAUAUCAAGACACUCUGAGGUCUGCCCAGCACAAGUAUGUCCCCAUGCCCACCUCUAUCCCAGUCCCCCAGUACCAGCACUGGCCAGGACACAGAGGGGAAAGACCCAUGGACUACAGGAGAGGCCCUCCGAGGUCCUACCUGCCCAGGGGCAUUAGCUGGCCCUCGCCUUACUGUCCCCCCUUUCCACCCAGAGAGGGAGAAAGCUACAGACAGCCAGACAGGAUGAUGGGCAGGGGAGGGGAGACUGAGAUCCGAGAGGUCAGAGAGAUCAGGGAGGGGGGGAGGGCCAGUUAUGCCAGUCAGAGCAGCGGUAGAGGUAGUGCUGGUCUCUUCCGACAGUCCCUAUCCAUCACUCCCACGCUGCUCAGCUCCCCAGAAACCACAGAGGAAAAUGAGCAGCACAGAGCUGAGAUGGAGCUGCCUGAGAGGAGAGCGAAAAGAAGGAACACAUCAGUAGAUGAGAGUUAUGAGUGGGACUCUGCUGAUGCCUGCGUGGACUCGGAGGUCCUGGAGGCCACAAAGUUUGAUCAGUCGCAAACAGGUUUGCGGACAGGCAGGGGGGAACUGAGAUAUGAUCAAGCUGGUGGCCUUCAGGAUCAGCGACACAAAGGCCCGUCUCCCUCAGUCAGCCCACCAGUUUUCAACCCGCCUCGCUGCCAGUACAGUCGCUCCCUAAGUGAGGCGCGUUUCAAUGCUCUGCGCCUGGAGUACCAGGAGUACAGGCGGGCUCAGGAGUCCCGUGAGCCCUGCCUCACCCCUGGCCACGAAUCAGACUCUGACUCCAACUCAGCGGUGCUCUAGCAGUUUAAAUCGGUACAUCUCCGACCAAAACCAAAUAGCAGUUUUAAUGAACAGAAAACAGCACUGUGGUCCUGGACUCUGUCACAUCUCACUGGAGAACUCAUUGUUGAAAGUUUUCAUCCUUAAAAAGACAGCACUACUGCAUGUCAUCAAAUGUGACACUGAAACUCUGUAGUUUUAUUCUUUUUCUUGUACUUAUUCCACUGUGCUUUGCAUAUUGAAGCUGAGAAGGACUUAUUUAUUUUUCCAAGAAUCUUGUGCAGCUGUAUUUUGGGAUUUUUUUAAAACCUUGACAAUCAGGCACAAAGCUAUGAAAUGUUCAUGGAGACUAAGAAAGAUUUACAGUGUGAGAGUUGAGAAAGAUCUGCUUUAUGAAAGCGGCAGUGUGCUACAUAAUAAAGGUUGUAUUACAGAUUAAGGUGUAGUGCAUCCAAGACGCUAAUGACAAUUAUGUAGUUCUGUUUCAAGAUAACAUCUGCCUGUGGAAGUCUAAGUAAUGUUGCCUGUGAUGCCAAUCAAACAGUGCUCGAAGCAUUUUCACUACCAUCUGACUUUUAAAAUGAAAGAAAUACUCCAAUAAUAAUAGUACGUAAAGAUCGCAGCUCCGAUGAUCUGAUGGUAAACCUCCCUGCAGUUCAUGUUACCCAACUUUCAUAUUUAAAACAUGUUCACCUGCUGCUUGCCUGAAAUCAUUCCCCACAUAUUGUCUGUCCCAGUAACAUCCCCCUGUUGAGACUUUAUUAAUCAGCCUCCCAGUAUUUGUUCAAAGUGUACAAAUGUUUAUAUAUAGUUUAAUGUGAAUGAAUCCUGCCGUUGUAUUGUAUAUUCAUCAUCCCUUCAUCGUUUCAUCAGAUGAGAAAAUGCUACUUUACUCCACCUGGAUCAGUCAAACUUUACCUCUGUGACUAAAUACUGUAAAACUUGAUAAGAAACACAGGGAAAAUUAUUUUUGCCUUAUUUUUAUAAAUGUCGUGAGGACGCAUGGAGGGGUCGACUGACGAGCUGUAGUCAAACAAAAAUGACCAGAAGACAAAAUAUGACUGAUCACUUGUACCUUUUUUUUUACUCACACAGUGAUUUUUUUUUUUUUGUAUAUUUAUUGAGAUGAGUUACGAUAUGCAACAAUGUUUACAAUUCACAUCGCUGGUGUGAAGGCAACACUGUGAAUAUUUCAUCGACUUCUGAUUCUGUAUUUGAAUUACGAGUCUGUUGUUAUGAAUUUUGUGCCCAUUAGCCUACAUGUUUUGUUUUUUACUGAAAUAUGACAGAAGCUGUUUUUGUACGUCACCUGACAAACAGAGAUUUAAAGACUAUCUUUGUAGCUAUACUUUGGAAAGAGUCAACAUUUGUAUUAUAUUUACUUAAAUAACCCAGAUGAAAAUCCUCGUGUGGAGUGAGUAUGCAUUUCUGACGAUGGCUUUGGAAGCUUUGUACAAACUGGAAAUUUUUAUAUCUUGCCACCUGGUUGUUUAUGUCAUUUUUAUAUGUUUGUAAUGAAUAAAUUGUUUUAUUCUGAA